UGUGGGGCGCCCGCGGUCACAGUCGUCCCCCGGCGCUCCUCGAGGGCCAGCGUCGCCGGCCUGCGUUCCCCCGCGGGACCCCCGCGCCAAGGACCCGCCCCGCUGCGCGCUCCCCACCGCCCAGGGGACUUUGGCCGCGGGAUGCUUUGAUCUCUUGGACGGUGAACCCUUAAGGUAGUGGCUACAGUUUCACCUGUUGGUUUGCAGCCAUGUAUCACGAACGAACUACUGGUAAAGGGUCUUCUAUUCCCAUGGAACUUUACCAGCAGCCUCCACGACUUCUCAUCGUGCACAUUGCUCUACCAUCCUGGGCUGGCAUUUGCUCCAACCUCUGUGAGGCUCUGCAGAACUUUUUCUCUCUAGCCUGUAGUUUGAUGGGCCCUAGCCGUAUGUCCCUAUUCAGCGUGUAUGUGGUACAAAAUCAGCAUGAGUGCAUCCUGCCCUUUGUGCAAGUGAAAGGGAACUUUGCUAGAUUGCAGGCCUGCAUCUCAGAGCUCCGUAUGCUACAGAGAGAAGGUUGUUUCAGGCCGCAAGACACUUCUCUGCGGCUGGCAGUAGAGGAUGGGCUCCAGCAGUUCAAACAAUACUGCAGGCAUGUGACCACAGGUGCAGCUCUGACCUACACUUCCAUGGAGAUUACUGUUCUGACUUCUCACCCUGGAAAAGAAGUGGUCAAACAAUUGGAGGAAGGAUUGAAAGAUACAGACCUACUCAGGGUCAGGAGACUUCAGGUCGUUGAGAUCACAAAGGAAAUUCUAGAGUAUAUGGACUCAGCGUCUCCGGUUGAAGAGCCCGCCAACGAUGAAAAUUCUCUACUGGGAACUGAAAUUGACCUUCAGAGUAUAGACAAUGAUGUUGUCAGCAUGGAGAUUUUUUUCAAAGCCUGGCUACAUAACAGUGGAACAGACCAAGAACAUAUCCAUCUUCUUCUUCCUUCACAGUGUUUCAACAACGUUUCCGGACUCAGAGAUAAUACAAUGUGCCUGAAAUGUGAUCUCCAAGAGCGACUCCUCAGCCCAUCCCUGCUCCCAGGCACAGCUGACGGCUUCUCGAGAAUGGAUGACCCCAAAGGAGACUUCAGCACACUCUACCAGAUGGCUUCCCAGCCGUCGGCCUCGCGCUACAAGCUGCAAGUGAUCAAGGCUCUAAAAUCUAGUGGAGUCUGCGAGUCCUUGAUGUAUGGACUCCCGUUCAUCCUCAGACCCACAAGCUGUUGGCAGCUAGACUGGGAUGAGCUGGAGACAAACCAGCAGCAUUUCCAUGCUUUGUGUCACAGCCUGAUGAAAAGAGAAUGGCUGUUGUUGGCCAGAGGGGAGCCCCUGAGUCUAGGACAUGGCCAGAGAGCCCCAGCCAGCACCUUCUAUGUGAUCAUGCCAUCCUGCUCCCUCACUCUGCUCGUGAAGGCGGUGGCCACGCGGGAGCUGCUCCUGCCCAGCCCCUUCCCCCAGCUAUCUGAGGACCCACCUGAUGACAGCCUCAGGAUUGUGGAGAGCAUGCUGGACAGCCUGGAGUUGGAGCCCACCUACAACCCCUUGCAGGUGUGGAGCCACCUGUACUCACACCUGAGCAGCACCUUUGCCAAGCCUCAAGGGCGGCCCCACCCAAACUGGGAGAGCCGGGCCAGGAGAAAGGCUGGGCAGUUGCAGACUCACCGAGUUCGAGCCACAGUGGCCCCCUUGCCUAUGACUUCAGUGCCAGGCAAAACCCACAAGAUGCCAGCAGCCAGCAAAACUUCCUUGGAAGACCUCUUCCUGCCUUCUGAGCAGCAGGAGAACAAGUAGUCCUUGGGGCCCUAAGUCCCCAGUGGCAGAGCCCAACUGCCCUGCUAACCUGUUCCAUGCUAAGACUCACACAAUCAGUGGUCAGACCUGCCUUCUAUCCAUCUGAGCCUCUGUGGGCUGCAGGUGACUGGGAGACAGAGCCUUCCUCUCCUGUUGUCAGUGCUGCCACUGCACCACCCUCAGGCCAGCAGAGCCUGCCUUGCUCCAGCGAGGACUCUCUUUUUCUUUUGAAUCAUUUGAUAAUGCUAUUACAGAUGCAGAUUAAACACCCAGAAAGCCUCUGCCAUUGUUAGGAGCAUUCCCUGCCCAGAAUUUCUCUCUCUGUGUAUGAACAGGUGGAUGAGGUCAGGUCACCCUUGGGAAAGUAGGCCUCAGGAACAAGGGUCAGCUUUUCAGAGCUCAAGAAAAACAAGUAGGAUUGAAAUCCAAGCCUCAUUGUGCAGCUGGUGCCCUCCGCAGUACACACACCACAUGGCAGGGUCCUUCAGCCUCCAAAAGACAAAGGCUUGGUGCUUGGAACCUACAUGCAAAGUGUGUAGCUGGGUGGGGAGUUGUGCUAUCAUAUAGUCGAAAACAGAGAAGCCGGUGUGAAAAAGACGAUUCCCUUCCUCUUCUCCUCUCCCUACACCCACCCACUUUCCCAUCAGCUCUGUCCAUCCACAGAAUAAUGCCUACCAUUUAUAAAACACUUACUCUGGGGCUAGCAGGUAGUGUGGUGGUUGAGGUGCUGGAUUCCCACCUGGC